GCUCCUCUGAGGACACACCACCCAGGACAAGGAGGAAUCAUGUCGACCGUGAUGUCUCAGCCACUUCCUAAGGAGGAUGAGGAGGACGAAGAGGAGGAGCAGGGGGAAGAGUUUGUGUUCGACGACAGCUCGGACGAGGAGAAACAGGAGGAGGACAGUAAAGGGAACAGCUUGGACUGUGUCAGUUCCGUCCAGGUGUCAAAGAAGGAGGAGGACAGUGGGACAUCAGGAAACGUAUCACAGACAAUAACAGACAAUUCUAAACUCCCUGAAACGUUGCCUCCUGCUGGACAGGAGGGCAUCUCCACCGAGGUCAAGGCGUCAAUUUCUCCUGCAGCAGAUGCUCCGGUUAGUGAGUCACCCAGCCGGUAAGUUGCCUCUGAUUCCUCUCUUCAUUGUGGGGG